UUCUGUUUCAGCUGGAGAGACGUCAUGUUGUCUGCACAAGGAAUUAUUGUUUUUUACUUUUUCCAUGGUGUAAUAACAGCCUCAGCGCUGAUUGACUCUGAUGAUGUCAUCACACGGGAUGAGCAGAUCUACCUUCUGAUUGGUGCUCAUGCCAGGUGUGAAAGGAGCAUCAAGGCACAAAUGCCCCUCAUUAAAGAUGGCGACUGCACCCCAGAGUGGGAUGGGAUCAUCUGCUGGCCGCAGAGCACAGCAGGUCAGCUGGUCUCAGUUCAGUGCCCGGAGUACAUCUAUGACUUCAACCACAGAGGGCGAGCCUACCGUCAGUGUGAUGUGUCAGGCAACUGGGAGCAGGUGGCAAGCAUCAACCGCACUUGGGCAAACUACAGCGAGUGCACCAGAUACCUGACCUUCAACCACAGAAGUCACGAGGAGAAGGUGUUUGAGCGACUCCAUCUCAUGUACACCAUCGGCUACUCCAUUUCUCUCACAUCCCUGCUGGUGGCAGUCUUCAUUCUCUGCUACUUCAAGCGUCUCCACUGCACACGCAAUUACAUCCACGUUCACCUCUUCGCCUCCUUCAUCUGUCGAGCGGUCAGCAUCUUUGUGAAGGACGCUGUGCUUUACUCCAUAUCUGAUGGCAGUGAAGCUGAGCCCAACUUUACAGGACAGAAGCCCCAUAUGGCUGGCUGUAAAGCAGCUGUUACUCUCUUCCUGUACUUCCUGGCAACUAAUCAUUACUGGAUCCUGGUGGAGGGGUUGUACCUCCAUAGUCUCAUCUUCAUGGCCUUCCUGUCUGACAAGAACUACCUGUGGGCCCUCACCAUCACUGGCUGGGGUGUUCCAGCUGUGUUUGUGUCCAUUUGGGUCAGCGCACGAGCUUCACUGGCAGACACUCAAUGCUGGGAUCUCAGUGCCGGAAACUUGAAAUGGAUCUAUCAAGUCCCUAUUCUGGCUGCGAUUGUUGUGAAUUUUCUCUUGUUCAUUAACAUCAUUCGUGUACUGGCCUCUAAACUGUGGGAAACCAACACGGGCAAACUGGACCCCCGACAGCAGUACAGGAAGCUACUCAAGUCCACAUUAGUCCUCAUGCCUUUGUUUGGAGUUCACUACAUGGUGUUCAUGGCUCUUCCCUACACUGAGGUCACUGGGCUGCUGUGGCAGGUGCAGAUGCAUUACGAGAUGUUCUUCAACUCUUCCCAGGGGUUUUUUGUGGCGUUUAUCUACUGUUUCUGCAAUGGUGAGGUGCAAGCCGAGGUAAAGAAGGCUUGGUUAAGACGUAGCCUGGUGCUGGACCUCAAGCAGAAAGCGAGGAUCACUAGCAGCGGCGGAGGCAGCUGUUACUACGGCGGCAUGAUGUCACAUACCACCACCCACAGCGUGUGCCUGUCUGCUGCCAAUCCCAGAGCUCUGUCCUUUGCUGGAGGGGUGGUUGGCUCAGGUGGAGCCUCUGGUUCUGGGGUCAGACCCCCGCUGCCACGUCAAGUUUCCACGACUCCCCCCCACCAUCAUACCAACCUACGUAUUUACACUUCGACUGACAGCGAGGCCUCAGGCCUCCAGCAGGAGCUGGGUGUGUGGAAACCAGAAGGUGCUGAGUCAGGAGGUUUUGCCAGAGAAGCCAAAGCCAACAAAGGAGAUGAUGACCGCAAAAGCCACAGAGAAGAAGAUCUAAUCAGCUCCUUAUCUCCCAAAGAGCUGGAGACCAUCUUGUGAUUGCUGCUACUUUGAAAUAUCACGGCAAGCUAGAUGUUUUCUCAUUAAGAGUACUGCUCUAUGUUUUUUUGUGUGUGUUUAGAUGAGGAUUUUGAGAAAUAAGGGAAUCCAAAGGCAUCUUAAUUUGGUGAAAGGGUUCUGAAAGACUUUAGUUACUAUAGAAAAGCAAAUCUGGGGACUAAGGCUGGGGGAUUUCCCAAUGUUUUAAUGGCUCAGAGCUACAUAGAAAAGAAAUGCAUGCUUCCAAUCCAAUUCUGGCUUGUAAUAUGGCUAAUCAGAGUUUGCCUGUUAUAUUUAUAGUGGUAAGUGUCAUGGUUGUGUGAUAAAAAUAAUGAUAAUAAUACAAUACUGGUCUCGAUUUCAGGGUUGCAACAUCAUAGUAUGACAUAAGCUGUCAUAGUACAGUCCAACAUCCUUUCAUAGGCUACCAUUAGUAACUGGACCACAAUUUAAGAACUCUAAAUCUAAAUUCUCAUGUCAUAAAGACAGAUGUUUUUUGUGUGUGGAUGUGUCAUGGAUUUUUCAAGCUGAUGUGA